UGGCGCACAGGUGACCCGGAUGUGGCGCAGGUUGUGUUGACAUCAGAGCGGCGAUCAUCAUCAUCAGAUCAUGUUCAUAUUUCUGCGAUUCUAGUGCGUCGAAGCGGCGCGUCAGUCGUUCUGCGAGCGUCAGGUGCAGCAGCUUCUCUCCAUGUGUGUCUACUGAGUCCCGGAGUGUGUCGUGCUGUUGUUCUUCUGUUCUGAGUGACUCGAGGUCAUCAUGGCGAGUAAAGCUGGAGACGACCCGGACAGCCUGAUGUCUCUGUGCACCAUCUUCUGCCUGAAGAACCUGCGGAGAACCAUGUGCUACAGCGAAGGCGAGCAGAACCGGCUCCAGCUGCGGCCCGACGUCUUCCUGCCCGGCGAGAUCUGCGACCGGCUGGUGAACGAGUACAUGGAUCUGGUGCACACUGACAGUGACUUCGAGCCGCAGGACGGCUUCUUCCAGCUCUUCAGUGACCCGCGCAGCACCAGACUGACCCGCCUGCAGCUGAGGGAGGAUCUGGUGCGAGACCGAGACCUGGAGGCCAUCGGGAAACAGGAUCUGAUGGAGCUUCACCUGACCUACUGUAGCCGUCUGACGGCGCGCGGCCUGCGGACGCUCUGCAGCUUCAGACACUCGCUGCUGUCGCUCAGUCUGUUCGGCUGCUCCAGCGUCUUCUUCAGGAAGAGCGGCGCUCCGCUGGCGGCUGGCGAGGACGAGGACGAGGAGGAGCGUCUGCAGCGGCACACUGUGGACCUGGACUUCAGCUUCCAGGGCUUCAACCGUCUGCGUCUGCUGAACCUGGGAGGCCUGCGGGCGGAGCUGGACGUGGAGAAGCUGCUGCGGCCGCUGCCCGCUCUGACCUCGCUGGACCUGUCGUCCGUCCAUCUGCCUCGACCGGCCUUCCUCACGCAGUGGAGCGAGCGACUGGCGUCUCUGGUGCUGUAUAACGUGGAGCUGACGGAGGAGCUGAUCCACAUGCUGCUGCAGAUGAGCAGACUGAGACACCUGGAUAUCUCGCGAGAGAAUCAGAGAACGUCUAAAUUCAAGAUGACGAGGAAGAUCUUGAGCAGUAUCGUUCAGAGUUUGGUCGAUCUGGUGUCUCUGGACAUCUCUGGACACAUCAUGCUGGAUAACUGCACGGUGCCGGCGUUUGAGGACGCCGUGGGCCGGCCGAGCAUCGAGCCGUGUAAGAGCAGCAUUUACCCAUUUCAGGAGCUGAAGAGGCCGCUGCAGUUCUUAGGACUGUACAACACAACGCUCUGCAACGUCACACACAUCCCUGCGUAUAAGGUACUGCAC